AUGGGUCCAAAAAUAGAUGAAGAAGUGGGGUGCGCAUUGGUGGUCUACAAAGACGGCGUGCCUAUAUCAACCUGGAAAUGCCAUCUCCAACCAGGAAACACAGUAUUUCAAGCAGAGGCACUAGCGCUCAGCAAGGCAGUAGACUGGCUCAUUACAUCAGGAGAGCGGAUUGGUACGAUCUACUCUGACAGCCUGUCUUCAAUUCAAGCAAUAAAAUGCCCAUUCCAUCAUUCGCCUACGAUUAGGGCAUUACAACUCAAAGUACAGAACGCAAAGGAUCUUCAUACCAGAAUAUCCUGGGUGAAAGCCCAUGCCGGGGUCACUGGAAACGAACAGGCAGACGAGCUCGCCAAAGAGGCUGCGCGGCAGAUAGAUGCAGAGGAAGUGCAUCUAAAAUUUCCAAAAUCCAAUGCCAAGAGGCAAAUGAAAGAGAUAAUUGAAAACCAAUGGCAGCAGCAUUGGAAUGGUAUCACCCAGGGCAGAAGAACCUAUGAAUUCCUGCCAAAAGUCUCACUGGAACGGGUGCUGUCAGCACCGUUUCUAACAAGAUACAUCACGGGACACGGCCCGUUCCCGAGCUACUUCUUUGAACGGGCAUCUCAGCAUCCAAUCUCUGCGUGUGCGGGCAACUAG